AUGCCUGAAUUUACCCCCUUGAACAAGGUGGAGACCGAGCCCUUAGACGUCAAGAUGGAAGACGCGAGCGAAGGCGAAGUCUCUGAGGACAAGAAGUCCACUCCUGCCUCCGAGAUGUCUGAGGAAGCCCCCGAGCCCAAAGACGCGAACGUGAAGCUUGAAGACAAUGGAGACGAGGCACCUAAAGCCAAAGCUACCAACGGCAAAGCGGCCAAGGGACGCGCAGCCGCCAAUGGGAAGAAGGCUAAUGGAACCGUCAAGACCGAAGAGGAAGCCAAGCCUCCCGUUACUCCUCGCAAGAGAGGCCGCAAAGCCAAGGCUGGCGAUGCAACUGGCGCCGCCACUGCCGAAGAGGCGGACGACGAAGGGGAGACGCCAUCUAAGAAGAAGCGCGCCACCCCUGCCAAGGGCACCCCUAGCAAAGCCGGCAAGCGCACCUUGCCUAACAGCUUUGAAGAGGCUAGUGAGGAGGACAGGAUGCUUCUUCGCAUGAAAGAUGAGGAGAACAAGCCCUGGGGUGAAAUCAAGGCUGCAUGGGAGAAGGCUACGGGCGAGUCCGUGGGCGGCAGCACCUUGUCCAACAGAUACCAGCGUAUCAAGGCGAAUUUUACCGUCUUUAGCCCUGAGGAUGAGGCCAAACUGCUCCAAUGCAAGAAGGACAUUGAGGAAAAGUUCGAGAACGAAAAGUGGUGUCGUAUCGCGGAUGCAAUGGAGGCAGCUAGCGGAAAGCGGCACCCUGCAGCCGCUCUGCAGAAGAAGGUCAAGGAUCUUGGACGGAAGAUGGCAGCCAGGGAGGCUGACGGGAUGGACGAGUGA